ACAUCCGGCUACAUAUCGACUUCCUGUCGUCAUUGGAACUAAGAAAAACCCAAAAGUGGUCAAACAGUAAUAUAUUUUAUUAGACAGCUUUAUGGAACUACUUUGAAAAGUUGUAAUUUAUAGUUCCAGAAAUGAACGUAAAUUUUGUACAGGAAUUGUAAAUUUUCACCUUUUUUAUUGUAUCCUAAAGAAAUUUGAGAGAAGCAGAAGAGAAACUAGUUGUAAGCUGCCUAGAAAUGAAAACAGCGGAUGAUUCAAACCACUAUCAUCCUUAUGGAGCACAAGGCAGACGGACAAUUCUAGCUAACAACGCUCGUCCUGUAAGUAUUACAGUAUUUUCAACUUGAUCGUCAUAUUUCGAUCCAUCAUAAAACUAUAACCUUUUUAAAUGGCUCGGUUGAAAUAUGAAUGCUAAAUGAAUAAAACCCCUUUUUUGCGUUUUUCUGAGUAAUGUUACAUGAAAUUGCCACGUGGUCACAGGCUUCAAGUAAUCGCUAUGGUUGUCAACAUGAUCAAAUUCUUGAGUGCCCAUUGCCUCCCUACAAAGGGCCUUAUCCUAAAACGGACCUUCAAAACGCCAGGAAUAGACUAUAUGCAGAUGUGUGCUCCAAAUUUUCUUUUAAUAACAUUAUAACCUACUUAAAGCCAAAACUAGGAUUACCUCCGCGCCGUUUAGUGCAUCCUGACACCGUUACGCAAUUAUGCCAUAAAGAAGAGCCAGAUUAUUGGCAUUUAAAUUACGAAGAAGUUUUCAAUCCUCGAUUGUUUGAAAAAGAACUAGCAGCUAUUGAGGAAUCCUGCGAUGAUAAUGAAAGUGAUAAAGAUAUAACAGAGUGUGGAAACGACAAUAAAGUUGAAGAAGUUUUAGAAUGUGGGAGCGUCAAAGAUGUUGAAGAAAUUCAGAUAGAAGAUGAAACUAACGAUGUCAAGCAAGAUUCUAUCUUCGAAAAUAACCCUGAUUAUAUUGAAUUGAUAAAGUGCGACUUUUGCGACGAGAUGUCAAAGGAUGAAAAGACUUUAAAAAUUCACUUAAAAGAGAGUCGCCAUCUAUCAGCAAGUACAUAUUUCGCAAAAAAAAUUGUUGAAGAAAAAAAAUCUAUGGAAUUAUUUGCUGUCAAAGAGAGUCUAUCUGUUACUUUAGACUCUUCUGAGGCAGAUCAUAUUAUUGUUUGCCCAAGUUGUCUUUGUGUAUUUGCUGAUAUCUUCUCGUGCGGAAAGCACUAUAAGCACAAUCAUGAUCAUGAAAAGCGAAAAUAUACUAUUUGUAAAAUCAUUAAACGACAAACUGUACGCAUUCCCAUGGAACCAUCAUGUCUAAAAUGCAGCAGGAAAUUUGUUCUACAUAGUCAAUUGCAUGAACACUGGAGAAAACUACCUUCUCACUUACCUUGUGAUACUGAAGUGCAAGAAGGGUGUUUUAUGCGAUUUGCUUGUAUGGCUUGUGAGAGGGUUUCGGAAAGAAGUCUAAUUCAAGCAAAGAAUCACGCUCUAUCUUGUAGAAUGAAACGCCCGGGAAGAUUAACUGUUUUACUGCUUGUUUAUACUGUAGAAAACCCGGAAGAGAGAAAUAUAAGAACGCUUUUACCUUUUGCUAAAGAUUUCAUUUCUCUAUGAGAUUGUUUUAAUAGUUUAAAAAACGUGGAGAUUAAUGCAAAAUAUUAAUGUUUUUGUAAGUUAUAUAUGUUCCUUUUAUUGUUUUCCCAUUUAAGCCAAAUAACUUUUGUAAAUCUUCUCAUGCUAUCCAUUUAUUUUGAAUGAAAACAGAAUUUUGUACAUCGUUGCUACUUUUGUUUUGCUUUCGUUUUUCUAAAGAAGAAAUUUCUUUGCUGUUAUUUGUUAUCAAUUGAAUAGCUGAACUCAAAAAUUAAAUACAAAUUAAUGGUUUUUA